CCGAGCUGAAAACGUUGAUUUUCCUCAAACUCACCUUUAACGCUGUAUUGUUGUUAGCAAUCACCAAGCUGUUGAAAAGCUAGAAGCAAAAAUUCCUACUUGCAGAAAACGGAACCCGGCAGAGGAAGUAAAGGCACGCGCCGCACCUUCUCUAUCUCUACCUACUCGCUAAUUGCUUGAAGCUAACGCGCGCGCGAUAUCUAUCUCUCCGGCAACUCGCUUUAGUGUCUAUCGCCUAAUUCAGUUUCGCUUGGAAUCGCUUGGAUAUUUAGCGCGGUCUUGGAGGGAUCCCGAGAGGCAGCCUCAGCGGCAAACGGCAAACCGGAAGUUUUAUUCAUCGAAGCGGAACUACUCAGUCAGUUGUUUGCUUCCUGUUUUCUUCUGUUGCGCGAUUGUCAAUUUCUUGGAGUUUUGGGCUGGAAGUGGACCGGGAGCCAGAUACCAGGGAAGAAUAAGAGAGAAGAAGUCGCUCUAGGCGUGUCCUCCGGUGUGAAACUAUUUGUGAGAAAACGGUAACAAAUUAGAUGGGAGUGGGAUAUUGACGACGUCGGAGUAAAAGUGUCGAUGGUGGAUAGUUAAGCAAAAAAAUCAAUCCAAAAAGAAUGGAUAAAGUGCAAUUCUAAAGUGCUCGAAAGUUAUCUUGAAACAUCCCAACGAGAAAAGAAAGGAGUACUUCCUCAAGAAUAACACAGUGAGAAAAAUUCUAAGUAAUCCACAACUGCGCAACUGGUUAAGUGCAAGCCGCAGACAACCUGGACAAACAAAUCGCCUUGUGAGGAGGCGUAACAGCAUCAGAAAAACGGCAAUUGCAAGCAUCAUAAAAACAAACCGUCAAGAGCUGUGAUUUUCCCGCCCCCUCGAGUGAAAAACGCUUCGGAUUCUUGGAACGAAUCACUUGCACUGUUGGCAGACGACUAUUCGAGGACGGGGACUUAGACCCAGCUGAGGAAAUACGAGGAGAAGCAGGAAGGAUUACCCGGCCGCUUGAAUAUUGCACCGAACCCCAAGGCCCCAGUCGGGAUUAACUGCGUCAUACGCCAACGAGUGAAGGAUACAAAUAGGUGCAAGUGACCAUCCCGUGUUGUUGGUGCAAGACGAGGAGAACAGUUUCAGAUAAUCGCCAUUUCUGUUUCCCGCUUCGAGAGCAAAAAGUAGGGCGACCCCGCCAGUGUAAAGCGAAACUUAAUUGAGAGUAUGCGGUCUGGACAGCGGGAAGGUCGGCGGUGCAGCUGCUGAAUUUCAUUAGUGAAAUUGAUUAUCGAAAAUUGAUUUCCCGGCUUUCUCGGACAAGUGAGGGUGCCCCGUGAUAGUCGUGUCUAUUUUCGAAUAGAUAUUAUCCAGAUUCAGGGUGGUUGGUGUUGUUCGAAGAUAAUUCCUGGUACGGAUGCAGCAGAGCAAAUGAUAGCUAAUGAGUUUGGCGGUGCGAGAGGAAUUGUUGGGAGUGCUUGAUUUCUAGCGAUUCUAGGCGCAAAGGCUAGUGUUCUAAGCCGCCAACCGUCACAACCGCCACCGAGACUACGAGGGCUGCCUUUGCACGUUCCAGAAGCGCGGCAAAGUGCGGUAGUCCAGCUACAUUGUUCACUAUAGGCAGAACAUCCCAAACCAGAUAGUUGAAUGAGUAACAGUGCAAUGGUUGCGGUGGCCAUCUGCUGUAUUCUGGUACUGCUGGCAGUGUUCAUCGUACUGAUAAUAGUGGUCGGGCAGACAAUGGGCGAACCAAAGUGAGAUAAGCUCCAACUGGGGCCAGGUCACUUCGCCGAUGGAUAGCCAAGGCCCCCCGGCUGUUAGAAUUCGGAUGGAUUUUGUUCCACUAGUAUCACAACUGCAACUAGCAUCGAUGGCCAACCGUUACUGAACGUGUCCAACAUCUCCACCAUCGAAUCCAGUACGACCCUGGUACUUCCAAAACGGCGGUUAAUCAACAUCCUGACAUCUCCCAACACUACAAGCAAGCCCAACGCAACCAAGGGCUCCACAAAGAGGUAGAAGAGACUCCCAGGCCUUAGUUCAAAACCAAUACUGCAAAAAAUGCAGUGAAAUUCGGAUAUCGUAGUACAAUCCUUUCCUAGAAAAAUACAAUCCAGAGGCAGCAAACACUCACUAAAACGAAUGCACACGUACUUCCUACACUGUAAAUAAGCUUGGCAAACUCCUCUAAUCUUAUCUUCUUCACAACUAGCCUAGCGAACAGCACAAAUAUGCACCAGCUAGAUUCUCCUUCCUGCUAUUGGCCCUAUUGGAAAUACAGUAGCCCAAUGCUACUGUUGUCAAAACGUCUACCCUCCUUCACUCCUACCCUAAUGCUUCCAACCUAAAAACUAUUUCUCUUCCAAACUAUCGGAAACACGCGUGAACACACAAACAAACACGCUCCCCAACAAACCUAAAAGAAAAUAAACAACAUACUUGUAGAGGACGGCAGAAAGCAAAUACUACCACCAAAAACAACCAACAACAUCUACAAUAAACAAAACCACCGGAGGUAUAUAAAACAAAGCAAACAUGGAAUAAAAUCAUUCUCACCAAUUCUUAACAGCCAAAAGGGGGCAACAAAUAGAAAAAAAACAAAAACACACAGAAAUACUUACACAAACUCACAAUCUAGAAUAUAAAAAAAACAUGAUAAAAUAAAUCGUUCACGGAAAAAAUAAAACAAAAACCACAUAGGGUUAGUGACACAUUAGCAAACAAACAAACAGAAAACACAAUUUCGAAGCAAAAUCGACAACAAACGUUGGGAGAAAACAUAUCGUGUGAACGAAACAAAAAAAAAAAAA